GAAGCUGGCAAUGUAUCACAUGAUACAAAUUGGCGAGAAAUGUACUUAGAUCGCCAUGAAGAAAAUCAACGCAAACGCCAGUUGAUUGGAGCUAAAAUUAAAAGCCAUUAUAACCAAAUUCAGAACGAAAAGGAAUUCUAAUUAUAAUUCCAAACGAACGAGAGGAAACAGCCUGUUUGCAAAAACGAUGCAUGCAGCUAGGCAAGAGGCAGCAAUAUACCACUCCCAUGAUAGUCGACGGUCUACUCUCAAUCCACCGCGCCAUACCAAUACAACACCAACCGUCAUUCGUAUAGACAAAGUACCCAGUGCUCUCCAAAAGUCGUACUCAGUACUCUCUCACAAAGAGCCUAUAAAACUGAAGCCUCCAUCUAUACUGAAACCACCACCACCAAUGAACAUCUCACAACGAAAUGUAUUACCAGCGGGUUUAUCGAAGAAGGCGAUGAAAGAUCCUUCGGCCAAAUCCUAUGUCCCAUCGCAUUCAGCUUCGAAAGUAGAGUCUUUGAAAGGUUGGCCAAUGGAUAAGCCUUUAGAGAAAGAUGGUAUGGAAGAAGUCAAUGCGAAGCAAAAGAACGCUAAAGCUGCGAAAGACUCGGCCAUUGUCAACUUUGGAAUUUUCAAAGAGCUUAGCGGCCAUUAAAUUGCACAAUAGACCCUCCAAAAUAAAAAAAACACUUUGGUUUUCUUGCCAGUAUGCGCCUACACUAUUUCGCAGUUGCGCGUCGACAGCUGCUCACAAGCAGUACCUUACGACUUGCCAGCCAAGCAGGCUUUAAGGCUGCUCCUCGGCGAUUCAACUCCAGUACAACAGAACCAUUGAAGGAAUCUCUGUCGCCGCUUGCAAAGCAUUUACACGAUUCCAUGAAGAUCACAGGUCCAAUCACCAUGGCACACUAUAUGCGACAGGUGCUGGUCAACCCGCUCAGUGGUUAUUAUAUGAAAGGAGA